ACCGCCUGUAAGUGAACACUUGGAGUUCAGCCUCCUGUUGCACGCCAUGACUGCCUUCUGCCGGAUCCUUCUCCUGCUGUGUGUGGCCGCGGCCCCUGCGGUGACACGCAGGUCCCAGAGGACCAGGAGGGGGCUGCUGGAGCUGGCGGGAGCCAUCAAAUGCAGCACGGGGAGAUCUGCGUUGUCCUACAUGAUGUACGGAUGCUACUGUGGACUGGGUGGGCAAGGCUGGCCCAGAGACAAGGCAGACUGGUGUUGCCACAGGCAUGACUGCUGUUAUGGAGACGCAGAACAUCAUGGCUGCCGAACCAAAACAGACCAGUAUCAGUGGACGUGUGAGGACAAGAAAGUGGAGUGUGAUGAUUUGAAGGACAAAUGUGAGAAGCUGCUGUGCAAGUGUGACAGAGAGGCGGCCAAGUGUUUGAGAAAAGCACCUUUCAUGAAGAAAUAUGCCAUGUGGCCAGAUUUCCUCUGCGGCCACGAUCAUCCAAUGUGUAAUAUGUACUGACACAAUAAAUGCACGUCCUGUGUGCCUUCUGUAAAUAUGUGACAUUAAGAAUGGUAACGACAUAAAUACAUGGAUUUUA